AGUGCUUAUCCAGUUCUGUAAAAGACAAAAUGCCCAACUUUGAUUACGAAGAUAACUUGUUUCGAGAAGCUGGCUACUCACCAAGAGUCUUAUCCUCAACCAACAAUGGUGUUUGUUCUUCGGACGUCCCCGUCACAAUAACCUUCCCUGAACCUGAUACGAACAUCGCCAACUUGCCCGGCUAUGACAAUUCCUUCAACUCAGAACUAAUAUCCUCUCUUAUCAAUCCUCAACUUCCACCUGAACCGGAACCUAAUAGCUUUCCAUCACUUCCAGCUGCAUCAAUGGCUCCAAUCCAUCCUAUGAAUCAGCCCAAUCCAAUGAUUUGUAAUCCUCCCUUCACAUCUAACCCGCCAAACUCAGUAGUGAACCAGCAGCUUCCUUCGGGUCAUUUGGGCUUGCCUGGAUAUAUGGGCAUGGAGCCAUCAGCAAUGCAGCGCAGCUCAUUCAUGGAUGCUAAUGGUGGAAUUGGAGGGCAGCUUUAUGCUGAAAGAAUGAGAAUGCCGACAUUUGUAGCAGAUGAUGGGAUGGGGAAAAAUACCAGUGUUGGCAUGCCCGUGAGGCCGAUGGAGGCUGCAGAAGCCUGCAAUCUAAGAGGAAUCUACACAUAUGAACCUAUGCCGAGACUCUACAGCCCCGGAAACUUACAAGUACUGAGAGAUAACCAAAAUGUAAGGCCAAUGUGUAGCACCAGUAUUGCUCCAUUACAAAUGCCUUCCGAUAUCCCCAGAAUGGAUGACUCAAACAAUAAAGUUAGUCGAGCAUCACCGGAGGAAAGGAGGAAGAAGUUAGAUAGGUAUCUUAGGAAGAAGAAGGAGAGGAAUUUUAGCAAAACGAUCAAGUACACAUGUAGGAAGAUCCUAGCUGAUAGCAGGCCUCGAGUUCGAGGUAGAUUUGCGAAGAUCGAAGAGUUUAGUGAUGUGAUGCCAAUGCCUAGCUUUGCUAAUGAUGAAGAGAUAGCAUACGGAGCAAUUGGGACAUGUUAAAGGGGCAGAUGGCAAAGAUUUUGAGCAAGAAUUGGGUGAGGUCUCAGCACAGUCGCAGAUGGCGUUGAGGAACAACGAAGAUAGACUCGUCGACUCUUCAGACAUUCCAGCUCACAUUAGUGAAGUGAUUUCCUUCGACUUCAACUACCCUGUUGCGUCUUGGUUAUGAUCUCUAGAAGCUCACAAACUGUUUUAGAGUUUGGUGUUCUUCCCUUUCUUGACAUUGCAUUUACAGCCAGUAAUUAGGUCCUAUAUUUACGACCUAAAUAAAAUGACGGCAUGGCGACAGUUGCUUUCAGUACAGUGUACAUCUUUAACGAAAUUGGAUUCAAAUUUUCUCGUCGGUUAUUUGUUAAAUUUUCUGGUUCUGGUUGCAUGGCCAACAAAUAUAAUC